AUGCAAGAAGUUGGAUCAUUUUAUGAUGAUAAAGUGACAAAAUAUGCACAAAAAUCUACAAGCCUAGUAACAUUAAAACAAUUGGUAAAAUUUGGUCAGCCACCAUUAAGCCCCUCUGCUUUACUUGAAUCAGCAAGACAUACAAGAUUGGGAUUGCCAGUUAGAUUAGCAAGACGUGUUAAAGCAUUACAAAAUUUACCUUUUAUUGUAGGAACUAAUCCUUACAUUAAACGUAUUUAUAAAUUAUAUUUGGAAACAUUUAAAACUAUUAGUAAUUUUCCCGAAAUUGUUGAUGAAAAAACUGAUAUAGAGUUUACGGAAAUAUUGACUGAUACAGUUAGAUCUCAUUCAGAGAAUAUACCAAUAUUGUCAAAAGGAUUUCAAGAAUGUAAAAAGUAUAUGUCAUCAGAAAAUAUUAAAGUAUUUCUUGAUGAUAUGAUAAGAGCUCGUAUAGGAAUACGUUUAAUAGCUGAACAACAUAUAGCAUUACAUAAUUCAGAUGAUCCAAAUUAUAUAGGAGUAAUUAACACCAAGCUUAAACCAGAUAAACUUAUUCAAACUUGCUCAAAUUUUGUUAAAGAGCUUUGUGAGAUACAUUAUGGUUCAUCACCUGAUUACAUUAUUAAUGGCCAAACGGAUACAAUGUUUACUUAUGUUCCGGUUCACCUGGAAUACAUCAUAUCAGAAAUUCUAAAAAAUUCUUAUCGUGCAACUGUAGAAUUCAGCCAAAAAAUUAAACGUGAUGAACAUCCACCAAUAGAAAUCACAAUAUCACACGGCAAAAAUUAUAUUGGCAUAAGAGUUAGAGAUCAAGGAGGUGGUAUUGAUCCUAAAGAUUUACCUAAUAUCUUUGAAUAUUCCUAUACCACUGUGCCUCAAUUUGACGAUGAUGAUCCAAACUAUUAUAAUGAAAAUAUUUUAGCUGGUGUUUCAAAAACGGGAAUGCAAACCGGUAUAGGAGGCCCUAUUGCCGGAUUAGGUUAUGGGCUUCCAUUAGCUAGAAUUUAUGCAAAUUAUUUUGGUGGAUCAAUGAAAUUGGUAUCAUUACAUGGUCAUGGUUGCGAU